UCACGCUCACAGCUACAAGUGGGUGACAGCAGGGUUUUUAUAUCAUAUUUGUUAAUUAAUAAAUAAAUUGUUAUUAUAAUUGUAGUAUUGGUAGUUUGUGUUUUGAUUAAAGUAUUGCUGACGUGUUUUAAACAUGAGGAGACCCCCGAAGCCGUUUCAUCAUCAGCGGGCUAUUUGCUGUUAAACUGCUGGUUUACCUCCUGGAAGUGGAUUAUAUUUAACUUCUUAAAAGGGCUGGAAAACAGACAUGUACCCACCGUCCCGACAGGAUUAUGUCUCUUUAAACCUUCCUGAACCGGGAAGUGGCAGCUACAAUAACAGCAAACAGUGGAGGAGGCAGUCCUUCUGGAGGAAAUGGAAGCAGUUAUCCAGACUGCAGCGGAGCCUCAUCCUCUUCACCCUGGUCCUCCUUUUUAUUUGUGGACUUGCUUCCUAUUCCACUGUGAGCAAACAUCUGAGAGACCUUACAGAAAAAAAGCAGGACUCGGACAGAAGCAGCCUCCUUCGACCCAUCGACUCUCAUGUGCUGCCAGAACCUGCCAACCAAGGCCGCCUCCCACUGCCAGAGCAGCCCUCCCAGAGAAAACUAUCCAACAAGAGGGGACCUCCUGUUCUCCACAACCGUCUUCAGAACAAGGGAAAUAGCUCUGAGGUGGAGGAGAAGGUAGCCGACAGCAAGAAGGAUGGAGGAGACGGGGGGGUCAUCAGCUGGCGUGGGGCGGUGAUCGACACCGAGCAGAACACAGACGGGGACAAUAAGGACGUUUCACCCUCCAACAAGGACGUGAAAGUCUCAGACAAGUCUGGCAGUCGGCUGGAGGAGGUGCAGGAAGCGUUCAGACAUGCUUGGAAAGGUUAUAAAGACUUUGCUUGGGGCCACGACGAGCUGAGGCCCGUUUCCAAGUCAUACAGUGAGUGGUUCGGUCUGGGUCUGACGCUCAUCGACGCCCUCGAUACCAUGUGGAUUCUUGGGCUUAAAGAAGAGUUUGAAGAGGCUAAGGAGUGGGUGGCCACAGAGCUCUCGUUCAAUAAGAACGUGGAUGUCAAUCUGUUUGAAAGCACCAUCCGCAUCCUGGGAGGCCUGCUGAGCACCUACCAUCUGACUGGAGACACCCUCUUCCUGGACAAAGCUAAAGACAUCGGCUCGCGGCUGAUGCCGGCCUUCAACACCCAGUCCAAAAUCCCCUAUUCUGACGUCAACAUUGGGAAAGGUUCGGCCCACCCCCCCCGCUGGACCUCAGACAGCACAGUUGCUGAAGUUACAAGCAUCCAGCUGGAGUUCAGGGAGCUCAGCCGCCUCACCGAGGACCCCCAGUACCAGUCUGCAGUGUCUGAAGUCAUGACACAGGUCCACAAGCUGGAUGGCAAACUGGACGGUCUGGUGCCCAUGUUCAUCAACACAAACAGCGGACAGUUCACCCACCAAGGUAUCUACACUCUGGGAGCCAGAGCUGAUAGCUACUACGAAUACCUGCUGAAACAGUGGAUCCAAGGAGGCAAGAAGGAGAACCAAUUCCUGGAGGAUUAUUUACAAGCAGUGGAGGGUAUAAAGAAGAACCUGCUGCAGAAAUCUUCACCUAAUGGCCUUACUUUUGUUGGAGAGCUCUCACACGGACAGUUCAGCCCUAAAAUGGACCACCUGGUGUGCUUCCUGCCUGGUACUCUGGCGCUGGGAGCCCACAACGGUCUGCCUGCUGAGCACAUGGAGCUGGCCAAACAGCUGAUGGAGACCUGCUAUCAGAUGUAUGUCCAGAUGGAGACGGGACUCAGUCCAGAGAUCGUCCACUUCAAUAUGCAUCAGGGCAGCACCAGAGACGUAGAUGUUAAGCUGGCAGACCGACACAACCUCCUACGACCAGAGACUGUGGAGAGCCUCUUCUACCUCUACAGAUUCACAAAGGACCAGAAAUACCAGGACUGGGGCUGGGAGAUCCUCCAGAGCUUCAACAAGUUCACCAAGGUUUCUUCUGGAGGCUACACGUCCAUCAACAACGUACGAGAUCCGGAGUAUCCGAGUCCCAGAGACAAGAUGGAGAGCUUCUUCCUGGGAGAGACCCUGAAGUAUCUGUACCUGCUGUUCUCAGAUGACCUGGACCUGAUCAGUCUGGACCGGUAUGUGUUCAACACCGAGGCCCACCCGCUGCCCAUCUGGUCUUCCACUGGCUAAAACACAGCAAUGUUCUCAGGGUUGGUGGAAAAACCAAAAUCUUUGCUGUUUUCUGUGACUGAACUCUAACCCUGAACACAAACCACAGAUGGAAAAGUUUGUUCAUGUCACUGGUUGGUUUUCAUCAAACCGACGUGUCGGCGUGUCAGAGGAAAGAAGAAGGGUGAUGUUUUACUGGAAGAACCUGACUGUUACUUGAAGACGACAUGUGGAGGAACACCAUAGCUGCAGGUGUGACCUUCUAACUGAACUGGCCAUUUUAUGGCAGAAAACCUUCCUCCAACAAAGUUUACUCCAUCGUAGAAGGUUCCUCCAUCAUUAAAGGCUCCUCCAUCGUGGAAUGCUCCUCCAUCGUCAAAGGCUCCUCCAUUGUGGAAGGUUCCUCCAUUGUGGAAGGCUCCUCCAUCGUGGAAGGCUCCUCCAUCGUGGAAGGCUCCUCCAUCGUGGAAGGCUCCUCCAUCGUGGAAGGCUCCUUCAUCAUGGAAUGUUCUAAGCUCUCUGGACUGAAACCAUAAGACUGUCCUGGGUUUGCUCCAGGGUGUCAGACUGGGUUUAAUGGGACUGGACCUGUGCUCAUGCUGCAUUCAUGUCCUGAUGGAAAUAUGACUUUAGUGACUGAUGCUUCGUCAGUCCAUCGCUGGGGUUCAGGGGACAGUGGUUCUGAAACAUGGAGUAGUUUAAAAAAGUGGAUCAUGGUUUACCUCCAAGGUUUUAACGUCUUUUACAUCACAUACUUGCGCCAGUGGAGCCGAAUUAGUAGGUUUUAUACUGUCAUCUCUUCAUUAAUCUGGAUUCUCACCAAAUUCAGAUUCACACUUCAUCCAGGACCUAAGGACCUGAGGUUGAUUAAAAUCUGGAUCAGACAAACAGAAACAUCUGUUUGGUUAUUUUCUCCAUAUAUGAUUUGAUUUGACAUGAAACUGCAUCAGGAAAUCAACAGUGAGGCAGCUUAGAGCUGAAAGUACAGAGCGUCUGUUACGUGUUACACCUCCCUCUGCCAGAUGGGGGCACUGCUGCAGAAGGAGAACAUGUUGAACCUCUUGGUUUGGUUGCUACUCUGAAGUUCCUCCAUUAAAGUUGUUCCUGUUAGGUGAUAAAACCGAGAACUGAAAAAGUCUGAACAGGACAGGAAAAAAAAGAAUAAUUAAAUAAACUAAAUCCUGAAAAGCUGAGGAAUGAAAUAAAUGAUCAACUGUGGAACAAACAUUUUUCAUAAAAAUGAUCCCAUUCAUUCAUUUAAAACUUUAAAACGUUUUUUUUGUAUGUGUUUUAAAAUUACCCAGAAUCCUUCAGUCUGGAGGUGCUGGUAGCUAUGUAAACUCACACAAUGUAAAGCGCUUUGGGUGCCUUGAAAAGCGCUAUAUAAAUCUAAUCCAUUAUUAUUAUUAUUAUUAUAAACUCGUUCUAUUUUCUUCUGCUUUUUAAUUUAAAGUGUUCAGAUUAAUAAUAGUCGUCUGUCAGCCGUUGAUGGUGUAAUCUGAAGCAACUGGCUCCUCCUAAUCUUUCUUCCCAGGGGACAUGAAUGCAGCAUGGUCACAUGACCUGGGUCACAUGACCUGUAGUUCCUGGAUGAACUAACUGUGAACUUUCUGCUGUGAUUAAGCAGAGUAAAGUUUUUACAAGCCUCCUUCAGAUGGAGAAGGUGUUUUAUAAAUUCAGAUUAAUAUAUUGAUUUGUGGUGUUUAUUUAAACUUGGUGAUUAUUUCAUGAUGAUUUUUUGUGUUUGCUUUAUUUUCUGCAGCUGGUCGUCCAGAAACUUUCCGCCAUAGCUUCUCAUAGUUGUUGAUUUAAAGACGUUUGUUUUUUGAGACCAAACUUGUAAAUUUCUUUGUUUUUCUCAACCGUGCCUUUGAUGUUGCAUCAGACUAAAUUCAGUCCAUUCAAGCUGUUUUAUGUGUAAAUGCUGUUUAUUUACCAUGAAGUUGGGAUCAAUGCAGGAAACAUUCUCCUGAUUAUCUGUGUGUAAAUCUGCCUCUAAGGGCUCUGAUUCUUCCUGCGAAGAAUGUCUUUCAGCACGAACCAUGAACUGAACCUUGAGCUCUACCUGAACCGGACCAGAACCGGACCUGAACCAGACCUCUGGGCUCAGAUUGUGACAAGCCAUUCCUCCAGAGGUGCCACGUUUGCUGUUUUUAGCUGUUUUGAUAAGAUUUGAAAUAUUUUUAGAGUGACGAUCUUCUAUUGUAGCCACGAAGCAGAAACCCGCUCAGACCUGCAAAGUGCAAACAUUCAGAUUUAUUCAGAUUUCUGAAUGUGUCAUCGGGAUGGAGGCGAAGCACAAGCAGCCAUGAAAUCAUCUUAAUCGUCGUUAGAUAUGACGAGGAAAACAGCAGACAGAAGAGACUGGAACAGACUUCCUGUUAACAACCAAAACAUUCACUGACAACAGACAAAAAAAUCUUUAGAUUUCUUCUAACUGGAUCAGGUUUCUUUAUGAUGAUGAUGAUGAUUUACUGCUCCUGUCUUUGAUCUGCUGACACGGAUCAGAAUGUUUCUGUAAAGUCUCUUGUAUUUAGUUUCUUUCCUGAUCAUGAAACUGUUUGAUCUGAGAAUAAAUGCUGACGGAGUUCAGAGUAAAGAGCUUUUAAUAAACAGACGUGUCCUUCAUUAACCAGCAUGGCGGCAGCAGGAUGAUGGUCACAUCAAAUCAGUUUUACCCAGAAGAUCUGAGUGGGAAUGAUGGAAAUAAAGUUUUGUGGAUUUAA